AUGGUCAAAAAACUAUAAUGGAGUUGAAUAAAAUUCCAAAAGCAAAACGUAUUAAAAACGAGACUGUGAAGUUAAGAUGGGAGGGAAAAGACGGGAAAAAAAGUUUUUAUUUUGCAAAAAUUAUUGAAUAUGGAGAAACAAUUCAGGAGCUAGAAAAUGUACGUUUAGAUAAUAAAGGUAAUGUUUGUGAUCAAUCGACUAAAAUGUAUUCAGAAAAUGUAUUGCAACAGAAAAAAACAAUAGAUGUGUCAAAACAGUUGAGUAAAGAGUUUACAAAAAAACAUAAUAUUGACAUGGAACGCAAGAUUAUUCAUCAAAAGGCCAUCUUUUCAAUUGAUGAACAGCCGUUUUCUGAACGUCAUAAAGAUAAAAUAACAAAAUUUAAAAAUGUAAAUGAAGGAAAAAAGUUGAGUAAAAAAAAUCAUCAAAGCUCUGAACCAUCGGAGCAAGAAUUGAUCAAUCAUCAAAAUACUCCAUCAAAUGUAAAUACCCUUGAGAUCACUCACACUGCUAGUCAGCAAGAUGUAACGAUUGAUAAAUCAAUAAAUUUCUUUGAUAAGUCUUCUUCUCAUCCAUUUGAUUCAAAUAAUUCAUUAAUUGAUCAAAUUCAUCUUGAAAAUUCUACUGAGAAUAGUGAAUUAGACCUAGCUCCCAUUUGGAACAGCAAUUAUUUGAAUAAUUGGUCAAAUGUGAACAAUCCAGUUAUGAUUGCUCAAGAUUUUCAAUUCCAAGGUUUUAAUGAAGCAGAUCAAGUUUUAUCUUCUACUUAUUUGGAAGUUGGAAGUUUGGAGAAAGGAGUAUGCAAUACUCCCAUAUCGAAAUUUCCUUCUAGUCUCACGGAACCGAAUCAAAAGAAAAAUAGUACCAUUUUUCGACCUUGGGAUUCAUUAGAAGCUGCCAAAAACAUUACUACUAUAAAUACGUCUACUACUUCUAACAUUUUUAUAAGUUCAGAAUCUACUGAAGAAGAAUUAUGUUUGGAAUCUACUUCUGUAGAAGUAUCUGCUGACAUGAAUAUACCUAUUUGUCAAUCAAAUGAUUUGGAGGACAGAGAAAGGACAAUUAACGUUGGGUCAUUAGCUGCCCGAUGA